GGGGCCGGUCACGAUGAUGCCUGGGGAGACCCCGCCGGCGGCGGGCGGGACCGCAGCGGCCGCGGCCUGCGCCAACUGCGGCCUCCUGCAGCAGAAUAUAAAUGAAUAUGUAGCCGCAUUAAUUGCACUGAAGCAAAAAAUGAUUGAUGGAGAGUAAGUACAAUUGCACAAGUUUCUUUUCUUUUUAUUGCUCUUAAGUUCUUAAAGCAAUGCAGUAAAUAUGUUUUGUGGAAUGUAGAUAUUUGUUAAUGCACGAAACUAAAUCCUCCUCAAAAUGAAAGUAACUUCUUUGCAAAGAGGUCCUAAAUCUAGACUGUAAGAAUUUUUUAAUUUGUGCCCUAAAAUGUGUGUAAUUGCAGUAAAACAGGGCUAUUUAUAACCUCUGAUAGCUUAUGUAUGAUUAGGAAUACUAGCAGAAGCAGCUCUUUCAAGAGAUGUAUUUCAUUUUAUGUGUUGUAAAGGAUAAAGUAUGAAAACUAAAAGUUGAGCACAUUUCACCAGAAUUUAGUCUGAGCACUAAAACGUGAAAUGCUGUUGGGAUUAAAUAUGAGCAUAUGAAAAGUGAGGCCAAGCAUCAGUCAGAACAGUGAGGUUCUAAAAUGCUUCUCAUAGUUUGCCUUCUCUUUUGUGAUUGCUUCCACUUCUUCUCAAUAACCAUGAUUGUAUAUAAUAAUACAUCUUGAUGUAUUAUGUAUACCUCCAUACUAUGGCCUAAUAUCCUUGUUACAUCUCCUAAUUGUAACAUUUUAUUUCUCAUGUUCCCCUUCCCAAACAGGUGUCAGUCUGGCUUUAGCCAGUCUUGCAUUCUGGUUUCCAAAAAGUAUUUAAGAGAGCCCUCACUGUCUUAACUGGGACCCUUGUCUUCAAAACUCCUUCAUUCUGUGUCCAUAGAUUCCUUUUCCUACUUCCAAACUUUGUGUCCCUCUUCUCUCUGCCAUUGUACACAUAUUUCCUGUGGGAAUUACCUCUCCUUUAACUACUGGCAGCUCAGCCCCUUUCUUUUUUGCCUUACUUGAUUACUCUCAACUGCUGCAGGUAAUGCAGCCCUCUCUGUGCUGGGGUAACAGCCACAGUAUUUCUCUUUCUUCUCUCUAGACCCAUAACAUUUGAGGGAAGGGGAGGAUAACUCUCCUUGGUGCUGCCCUGUGGCCCACUGUACACCUUGGAUCAGAGCAAGUGCUACCCUCUUAUGGCUGCUAAGAGAAUAGUGUAAAGAUUAAAGCUUUCUAGGGUUUUUUGAACUACUUUUCUUACAUUUAUAUGUUCUUUCCUAGGAGAACAUAAGUUUGAGAACUAGGAUAUGAUUUUGUGAUUCUAUGUAUGUUUUUUUUAUUGUACGUAUAUUAUGUUCUUUACCUAAAUAAUGCUUUUCUGGUUGUUGGUUUGUUUUAAAACUGCAGAUAGUUAAUGGCUACAAAUUCAUGUAAUUGCCAGUUGGUUGGUUUUUGGUUUUGUUUCUAUUUUAAAGCAGCUUGAUUUGAGGUUUGAAUAGCUUAAUGAAACAGAAAAGUUAUAUUGACUAGUAUCAAAAAUGCAAGUCAAUCUUUCCUUUUGCUUUAUAGAUAAAUACAGAAGGUGCAAGGUAUCCUAAGAUACGAUUGUCAAAAUCAAGUGAGAAAAUGAGUAAUAUCUUCUUUUUUUUUUCCUUGCAGUCAUUUGCUGACAGAGUAUCAACAAAAAUGCACUGAUAUCCUUUACUGUUAGUGUUCUUACAGAAUUAGUAUAUCAACAUUUCUUAUAAGAGAGCUUGAGGUGUUUUACUUAAGGUUUAAUUUAAGAGAUGAUGCUUCUAGUAAGAACAAGCUGAACAGGCUUUGUAAAGAAAGUGGGGCUUUGGAAUUAAAUGUAUCCAAUUAAGAUCUGCCUGUGUCUAAUAUAAGACUUAAUAUUAAUUAUUGUAAAUCUCUGUUGCUGAGUUCUGCAAGUCCUGUGUUUUUUUGGUGGAAGCCUUUAUUGGAUGUUUCCUUGCAAGAGGCGAUUGGAUUGAAAUGUAUUUAAGGACAUUUGAUAAACUGUUUUUAUUGUCUGCCUUAACACAAGCUUACAGCUUCAGUUUGCUGAACGACCAUAGUUAGCAAAGAUACUCUUGAUGAGGAGAGAAAUCUGUCCUCCUGCAGUACCUGUGUGAAACUCUUGGCCCUGUGUUACAUUAGAGUCUAAAGUCACGAAGGGGAGAUACAGAGCUCAUCUUCUGGUGGUGGUUAAAUAGAGAUCUCUGCUCUUCGUUGCCAAGUGGAGCAGAUGCUACAGAAAAUUCUGCCUCUGGAAAAGUGCCAGGAAGAAUUGGGUUCCGUGAAAGCUGAGUUGGAAGAGAAAAAGAGUUCUCUUAAGAUUUAUCGGGAGAGUCAACUGGAAUAUGUUAAAAUUAAAGAAGAAAUAGUGAACAGUGAUGCUGUGAGAAAGAAACUGGAAACAAAAGUGAAGAAACUUGAAGAGGCUGCAACAAAGCAUACGCAGGACUUCAGACAACUGAAAACUGAGAAGAAGAGGCUUGAGAAGGAGCUAAAGAAGGCACAAGGCAAACUUGAUGGUGUACUUAAAGAGAAGUGCAGGAAAGUGAAGCAUGCAGAGACCCAGAGUUCAAGCGAAGGUUUUACAAGAGAUAUAGACAAAGAAAAAAUAAAGCUCUUGUUAGAAGAACUCUGGAGGUGCAUUGACAGUGCAACAGGAAAAAGAAAGAAUCAGGAAAACGGUCCUGUCUUGGCUUCUAUUCAGGAUAAUGCAUGGCCUGAAAAAAGGAGACGGACUGGUACAGAAGAAACUGUGCAAAUCCACCAAAAGAUCAGGAAGUGUGAUGGGAAAAUGCUGCCUUGGUGUUCUUCACUGGAAAGUCCUGGAAAGCAAACUCCUGUAACAGCCAUGCACCUUCAAGCGAGUCCUGAGCCCUUUGGAGGUGACUGCAUUGAGAACUGGACUACUGAAGAAUGUUUGCACAGUGAUGAGGAUAAAACUGUAGAUAUGGUGCUACAGACAGAUGAGGCACACAGCAGUUCAGACUUCUCUGAUCAGGAGCAAAAGGGCCCAGGGGGAAAUUUGAUGGAUAUAUUGGAUUGGGUCAGGCCUCUCCCUGCUCUGCUUUCUCCAGUACAGCUUUCACCACCACCAACAGAGGAUGUAUUGUUUGGAGAAGACACAAGUUCCAGCGACGAAGAAAUUGAUUGCAGUGCUUCUGCAGUGGAAGAUAUUUUACAAGAAGACCAAAUUCAUCCUCAGAGUUGUAAUGCAUUCAGCUUCGAUGAGGAGUGUAACAGUCAGAGCAAAUCACAUGAGCAUGGUCUUGAUGCAGAAAUCUCACAUAACCUGAGUUGGAAUGAAAACGAUGUUCCUAUCAGUCCAAAGAUGUCAAGCAAGGAGCAGAGAGAUGCUGAAGCUGCUACUUUAAUUGCAAACAUGAAAACUAACAACAAUUGUUUGGAGCAGAAUUCUGAGAACAUGGAAACUGAAGAGAGAAAACUAACUGAAGUGACAGCACAUGAACUGGCAGCCAUCAAAGAACAGAAAGGAGAUAGUGAGGACAUGCACAGUGAAGAGCGAGGUUCUCCAGCUGAUUUUAUGUUACAGAGUUUCAAGCCUCAGACUCGGAUGGAAAAAUGUAGUGAGGUAGAGCAAACAGAGGAGAAUGUAACCUUAAUCAGAGCUGUUGAUGAUGAGGGUGCACAUGAAAAGCAUGGUGAAUUAAUGAAAGCAGAAAGAGAUGGAUUAUCAGGGGAGAAAGGAACUCCCAGGGCAGUAUGUGUUCCCCAAAACGUUACUCAUUUGCCAUCUGAGCAGUGCAUUGUGCUUCAAAGAGAAGAUUCUGAGGAGAAAUCUGAUGUGUUGAUACAGAAUGAAAUGGUUGAAAAUGAAUCAAAAAAUGUAACUGAAGUAACUAAUAUGGCAAGUGAUGUAGGGGAAAACAUAGAAGUGAAAAUUGGAGAGGAAAUAACAGCUGCAGUACAGAUGAAAGGACCCUGUGCAGAGGCAAACAGUGAGGCAGAGCUCUCUGAAAAUGUAGUGUCUGAUUCCAGUAGUUCAAAAUCCGUCUGUGAAGCUGAGUGUCCUAAAGACCUGAUGAUACAGCAUGAUGGAGAGGGAAUAAUUAUGGAGACUGAGGCAGACACUGGAGCUGAAGAGAGCUCUGCACACUCUCAGUGCUGUGAAAUAAAACAUGGCAGUGAAGAGAUACUGGAGAAACAGUGUGUGCAAACAGUAAAAGAUGAAGCAGACAGAGAAUGUGAUCCAGAGACUGUUAAAGUCUCCAGACAUCACUUACCUGUAUCUGCUGUUGAAGGAAUCAGAAAUGUAUUGUCUGUGGAUGAGAUGGACAAAGAUGUAUGUGUGGAGAGGACUGCUUUGUCAGCCUUUCCAAAAGAUGGUGAGCAGCUCAAAACUGAAGACAAGAAUAUAACCAGACCUGAGACCUCUGAACUAGCCAUGAAAUUCAACAGAGAAGGUGUUCCAGAAACAGCUGAAUCAUCAGAGCUACUCCAAAGAGCAGAAAAUGAGAAAUCAGUAGAUACGAAGGAGGGGGGAUAUUUAGAAGGCAAACCACACCAGGAAGAUGAUGGUAGGAAUUUAUCAGAAGGGAAGUCAGACUUGGAAGGUACACUUGCACUGUCGAACACAGCAUGUGUUCCUGGUGCAGAAAGCAGUGUAGCCAAGUGUGAAUCCUCUGUGUUAGAUUUUACAGAAAUAAAAGGUGAAAUAAACCUACCUGAAAACUUGUGUAGUGCAUUAGAACACGGGUUGUCCAAAACUCAAAACUGUGGAGUGUUUGAAUCUCAAGAGACUGAAAUCAAAGUUAGUCCAGAAGAUUUCGGAGAGGGAAGCAGCGAGCUGUUAGAAAGAGUGGAUACCACUGAAUCUGUCUUAGCAGAAAGUAAUCUUCCUUCUGAGGCACCGUUUGCAAAACCUCUGAAUCAGCUCUUGGGUACUGAAAAUGUUAAAUGUGAUGACACAAAAGGGGAAGUAAAUAAACAAAGCAAGGAAUUGGUGACUGAGACUUCUUCCAGUUCAUUCCACUGGGAAGGGAAUGUUGUGAAGACAAAUAAUGUUUCAGAGAUCAUCUGCCAGCCUGCUUCAGAAAUGGAUUUUAAUAGUGGCUUGGCUUUGUCUACUCAAGGGGACUUGGAGAUGGGCUGUGUAAAUACUCCUGAUUCUCCUGUGCAAGUGGGAGCUGGCUUGGGAUCCACAACGCCUCCUGAUCUCAAUUUUGAUCUUCAGAAAGUUGACAGUUUUGUUGAAACUAAUGUCACAGAAAAGGCUGCUGCUUCUUCCCAUACAUGGGAAAACACUGGAGAUAAAAAUUGUGUUACGGAUAGUGCAUGUAAGUGUUCUUCAGAAAGCUUGGAAGAGGGUGCUGAGAUCCUGUCUGCUGAAAAAGACAACAUGUGCAAAGAACUGGACUGCCCUGAGAGGGAAUACAUACACAGAAAUGAAGUGAAGAUGCCAGAUGAGAAGGAACAGACAGUAGAUAAAGAAUCUCCGGCCUCUGUUAAAUCACAGCUCCUGCAUGCAAACUCUUCUAGUAAGAGUACUUUUCCUCCUCAAAAGUUUGAUUGUCAAGAAUCAGGAUGCAGGACUUCUACACAGGAGGUUACAACAGACCCUUCUAGAACUGGUUCACUAACAGCGGGAGGGGAAAGCAAAGAAUUGAAUGGUUUUGAGGCAUCUGGGGAAAGUGCCUUAAAAAUGUCUAAAACUGAUUUUGAUAGGCCAGAACAGAGCAGUGAAUCUGAAGAGAAAGACUGUUCUAUACAGAAACUUAGAGAUGUGAAAUGUUCUGAAUGUGUUCCCGUGUUCAGAGAGGAACCCAGAGCUUCCGGAGGGGUUGCAGGGGGUGAGACUGUUGACACUGAUUACCAAGUAUCUGAACUUCAUUCAUCAAGAAAUACUUUGACAGUUAGUGAGCUAAAAGCAGACACUGUGGUGGAUAUGGAUGCACACUGUGAAACAAACAGCUCUCCAGAUACCUUAAAUGAGUUGUCAAAUGUGGCUGGGGAGGGUUAUCCUAAAGACUUGGCCUCCUGGACAAAAGAGCCUGUAUUAGUAACCUCUGACAGUACUGAGGGUGCCAAUGAAUGUGUGGUAGACUCUAACAGAGCUGAAUGCAUCAGCGACAGUGAGGGAGGUCUGUUAAAAACUGAGACAUCAAAAGAAAGCCCUGUGAUGCCAAAUGCUUCAGAAAAUGGAUUACCAGUGUCCCAGAUAUUAACCAGGUUCUCAGAAACAGUAAACCCCAGUAAAUUAAAUACAAGAAUGUUAGCACUUGGCAAUUUCCUAGAAGAAAAUGAUGCUGAAAAAUGUCAGUCAAAGGUGGAGCAAAAUCACAGUGUUGAUACGGGGGUCUCAGUAUUUGAAGAAUAUAAUCACACUGCUUGCAACAUAGGAGGAAACAACACUGAUGUUAUCCUAGAUGGUAGCAGUAGAAAAAAUAAAUUUGUCGAGUGUCUUCCAGAUCCAGCCCUGUCUGAUGUAGAGUGCAAUUGUCACAAAGUUAGGCAGCCUUCUGAGCCACAAAACCCAGUAUUUGAGAAGCUGUGUAUGCUGAAGUCAGAGUCUUGUGUGGAUGAUGCUCUCGAAAAGAGCAAGAAGUUGAUGUGUAAAGAGCAAGAACCAUCUGAAAUCUUGACUGCUUCAACCAAGGCAGCAGCCCAAACCAUGCAUGCCAAGGUAUCAAAGAGGCUGUCUCAAGGUAAAAGGAAAACAAAGACUCUCAAAGUCACUCGGGCAGUUCUUGCAAAUGCUGAUACUUCUGUGCCAAAAAAAUGCUCACCCGAGACUAUAAAUAAAAUUAGGCAAGAGAUAGGUCCCCCUCUGCCCCCCUUGCUCCUGCCUUUGAUGGCUACUCCUCCAAAAGCUGCAUGUACCGUGUCCCCAGCAAUGUCUUCUACUGGUCGAUCCUCUUUGCUUUCCCCUCUCGAUGACCUAAUAUCGCCACUACGUGAAACUCCCAUUCCUCCUCUCAUGUCCCCAUUAACAGAUACGCCACCAGUAAAAUCUGCUCUUUUAUUUUCUCCUCCCUCACCCUCAGAAAUGGCAGUAGGUCGAAGGAUUCGCUCCUCACCUCUGAAAUUCUGUACUUCCAUUCCAAAGCACGCGCUUCCCGUCCCGGGAAGGUUUCCUCUCUUUGCAGCUGAUGGUGCUGCUCCAGCUCCCCCUCAGGAGAACUCAGUGAAGAUACUGGACACCAUGUACCCAGAGCUGUCUGCAAGGGCAAGGACACUAAACAUCCUCAAAGGCAAUAUACACCUUAACCGAUGUGCUUUUUCAGAGAGCCAAAGUUUGCCAGGACCUGUGGCUCAAAUCGGUGGGUUCAAAGCAAUUGCAUCUACAUCAACUGCUUUUGUUAAAACUGGGGGCAAUUUGAAGUUUGAUAGUAGCAAAGACCAAGAGAAAGAUGGGCAAAAUCAGCAACUGUUUUCAAGCUCAUCAGAUCAUCUUGGAAAACGGACCCUAUUGCCAGUGUCUAUGCCAAGAAGCGCAAAGAGACUGAGGCUGGACAGUGAACCACCAAAGCUGGAGCCCGACGAGAUUGCUGCUAUGGGAAACACUAAAAAUACAACCUCUGAAACGCAGGAGGCUUUGCAUGAGAAAAGCUCUGAAACCAGUGACUCAGCACAUGGUUCCAGGUCAGAACCAUCACUACCAGUAAAGGCGGCUAUUGAUACUGACUGCCAGGAAGUUUCUUUGGCAUUGAAGAGAAUUGCCGAGUCCUGUUUUGACUUGUUACCAGUUAUUAAAGGUCACGUGUAUGUUGGCAAUAUCUCAAAGAUUCCAGUGAUGAGAGAUGAAGAGAAAGAAGUUGUCUAUGAAUUCGGUGUAAAAAACAAGCAGUUAGCAGUGUCCUUGCUGCAUGUUAUUCUCAAUAAACUCAAGGCUCAGAAGAAUGCCACAAAUUACAGUUUCAAUCAGGCUCUGUGUCGAGUCUAUACAGGAAUUUGUCGACAGCUGGGAGACCUGGAAAGAGCUCGCCUUUUCUGCUAUAGCCUGCUUAAAGAAGGCUUUCCAGACUCAGAAAAAUUGAUUUUAUUUAUCACAAAUGUCUGGUCUGACAUAUUCAUCUUCCAAGGUGCAAUUAGCAAAGCUAUGCAAUUAGUUGUCAGGCAGAGGGCAAGCGAGGAGAUGCUGGCCUGCUUGAGUGCUUAUCUCAGCUGGGAACAGAGUUCCUCUUUAGAUGCUGGGUUUAUGGUCUCAAACCUGCUUUUAGAAAUGCAGUCAUGUCCAAAAGUAGAAUUUCAACCAAGUGAGCAAUAUGGAGAAGAUCUGAGUGAAGAUGCUUGGCAGUAUAUCUUUGCUAUUGAUCUACUCUGCUCUCACCUGAAGUGGGACUGGACACAUGACAAUGUUAUAAGCAAAGUGCUUUGGCCUUCUAUGGAUAAAUGGAUAAAGAAGAGAAAGGGGCCUGAAACUGCUCAAUCCGUUUCUGAUAGUGUUACAGGACUGAUCCUCAGGCUCAUUGGUCGAUUGGGUCAGAUAGGUUUGAAGGAAGGAUGUCUUGCUGCGGUGAAGAAUAUUAGUUCUGUAAUUGGACUGUUUGUACAGCAGGCAAAAGAGGAAGGUGUUCCCUGGGGUGUGCAGCUGGCAGCCAUAUAUUCACUAUGUGACUUGGGUUCAAGCAAUCCAGAAGGUAUUGUAGAGGCCAUCCACGCUUGGAGAGCAACAGUUCUUGACAACAUCCCUUUUGCUGUCACAAGCGGCAUAGCUGAAAUCACUUCUCUGUGUAAAACGGAGCUAAAUUAAAAUCUAGGGAAGUGGACUGAACUAAAGGAAGAAGUGCCUUAUUUUACUAAGCAGUAGUUGGUCCCAGUUAAAAACAGUAUGUGGCGUGGUCCUUUUUUAUUAUGAUUGUUUUAACAGAAUGUCUGAUCACCCAAAGCAAGCUCAAGUAUUUUAUUUGGGUUUUCCGUUUGAGGGAAGAGUUGUAAAAAAAUAGAUAAAAACACUUGCUUUUCCUAAUUACUGAUCAGUAAUCUGAAAACCAGUGUGUCUCUGAGAUAUAUCUGGUUUGAUGUCAAUAAAGAUUACUAAUAGUUUGUUAUUUUACUUCCAUCAAUUUGGAGCAUGGGCUAUUUGACACAACAGAAGAUUGAUCCUGGCUGAAAACCUGGCUCUGUUAUUUUGUACUGUAUUUAUAAAGUGACUGUUCAGAUAGCAGAACUUUGCCCAGAUUCUGCUUUAAUUCUCUUGAGUAGCCUCAUAAGCUUAAUUUAAAAUACUUGUGUAAGAAAGAUAGGAAUUGACUUUUUGUGUAACAAUCAUGUAUAGAGUAACAGAGAUACUAUAUCUCUGAACCUGUAUAUAUGGUAUUCUGAUAAUGUGUCUCACAUUUGAUAUUGUUCCACUUGAGGAAUUUUCUGUAUGUAAAUAGAAAGUUGGUUCAAAAAAAGUUCACAUUUCUAAUAAUAGCUUCACUACACCCUGUGUAUUUUGUAUCUUUCGUAAUAAAAGAAGCAAACACCA